AGGUGCGAUAACUAAUUGUAAUACUAUCCCUGGUAAAGCUGGCUGGCAAUAAUAGUAAACAACGACAGUGCAAGCAACGCAGCGCGCGCCGCCGGUGCCUUCGAACUUUCUGCUAAAUCCACGGACCACCUCUUCGAUAGAAAAAGGGUUGGUUCCAGUAGCAGAUCAAACAUGACGAUAGGUAAACGAGCGAUCACCGUGCUGGCAGCAAUCACCAUCAUCGCUGUUGCUGUGCCUUGCUUCACUGCACAGCCACCAUCAGCCGAUGAAUCCAUAGCAAAGGAGCGCACGAUUCGACAAACUGUACAAGCGCGAAAACGCGUCGCACCGACACCCAAAUGGGGCUUCUUCGGAACGAUUUUCCAUCUGAUUUUGGAGCAAGUCAACGACACAAAAAGCGCAUACAGUCAAAUAUCGGAUUUGGUGAAUGGGCAGUUUACUGACGAUCAGCCAGGAGUGACGGCAGCGCCGGACCCCGCCGACAACGGAACGACGCCGACGCCCAAAAUCUCUAGAGCAGAGUUCCUCAAAAUACUUGAACGCAACUUGAAAGGCUUGCAACGGCUCCGCCAGCUGGAGUGGAGAGAAGCUAAGAAGGAUUCGAUGGCAAACCUACGGAGGUACAAGGAAGAACUAUUUGGCGGGAAGAAACCUCGAAAGAGAUGAUACCUACAGUCUGAAGUGCAAUCAAGUCAUAGGUUUUAAUUUAUUCGGAAUUAGGUUUAGUAUUUUUAUCGUCAUCCAUAAGUUAAUGUUUUUUCACGGUGUUGUAAAUAUAUUUUAAGCGCUAAUAAAAUUGUAUUAAUUGUUGCUCUGAGCUCCAUGGCCUAGAGGCAGGAUUCUUAUAUUACUAGAAACUGCAACCAAGGUAUGUAUGUGUGUAUUAUAUUGUGUCUGAUGGCGAUCAUUUUCGUUCGAACUGACGACUAAACGCCCUUAUUAGGAUUCAUUACAAAGAACAAAAAUAUUGAA